AUGUCCAACAACAAAUACAUUAUAUUGUGCUUCUUGGCCUUAGUACCGGGGUACUUGACUCAAAACGGCUUAGAAGAACAACACACGGAUAACAUCGACUACCACAACUUCAACACGAACCCAAAAUACAACUUCGGCUACGGAGUCCACGACCCUGAAAGCGGCGACGAGAAAGAGCACUACGAAGAAAGGGAUGGCGACGCUGUCAAGGGCUCCUACAGCUUGAAGGAAGCGGAUGGCUCUAUAAGGAUUGUGGAGUACACGGCCGAUAGUAAGAAUGGUUUUCAAGCGGUCGUCAGGACAAUCAGGAAACCCAAACAAGAAGGCACUCCUGCCCUGGUUCCACAGCCUACUUCGCAGCUUUCAAGAGCUGUCAGUGGGGAGCAGCAGGUCGAGCAACAUAAAGCAUAUGACGUUGACGUUGCAGUGCUCAGUUUGGUGGUGAUUUGUGCCCAAGCGGGAUACAUUCCGGAGUAUUCUGGCAACGAGUUGGGAGGCUAUGGGGGCGAGGAAAUCAGCUAUGGGGGACACCAUGUAGAAGAACACCAUGAGGAGGAGUACCACGAACCAAAAAAAUAUCAGUUCAACUACGCCGUCCAUGAUCCUCACACCGGAGAUGAGAAGUCGCAGUACGAAGAACGUGAUGGUGAUGUGGUUAAGGGACAGUACAGUCUUAGGGAAGCCGAUGGUACCAUGAGGAUUGUGGAAUACAAAGCCGACAAACACAAUGGUUUCACUGCUGUGGUACAUAAAGUAGGAGAGCCUAAGAAGCAUGAGGAACAAGUCGUCUAUGGAGGUCACGAAGGCUACGAGCAUUAUUAA